CUCAGACCUCGUCCUGAGAACAUCGUACUUACCUUCCCUUGGGAUCUAACUCACGCCUCUCAGGUGACAAUUCUGAAAGAGCAGAUACGAGAGACAUCGAAGAGGUCUGUAGGAGGGAACAUCCGUGGCUGUAGGAGACCGUCUGUGGCUGCUGCAGGAGACUGUCCGUGACUGGGUAUAAUGAAGGAAUCUGGUCAAGUUUGGAGCAAGGGAGACAUUAUGUCUUAACGGACUUGUGUUCAAUACCAUCUCAUGCAGCAGCUCUGUUAACAUCUUUGACAGAGGAGUGCACAGGGUCUUGUAUGGAUUGCCCACGUGCACUCUUUCAGUAACUACAGCUGCCACGACACUGCCCACGUGCACUCAGUAACUCCAGCAGCAGCAAGUACGAUUGAGUAUAUACACAAUGGACAUGAUUCACGUAACACUUCAAACGAACAGUGGAAGUCGGUUCAGUCAGUUGUUUUUCUCAUUAAUGUCGCCAAGAUAUAUACACUGAGACAAUUAUGGUAGAGUGCGCAACUACCUAUUUUUACUGACCUCUCGAGUGCUUGCGUGUGAGUGAAGGAAGAGUAUUGUUGAUCCUCUAAGUAAUUUGUAUUUAUCAAACUCACGAAAAAAUGUUCCAGAAUUGUCUGACCAAAGGGAAAAACGUUACUGGGAUAUGCCUAAAAAAAUGAAAUUCGCUUAAAAUAAAUUUAGAACUCUCACUGUGUAUCAGUAACAUUUUGGUUUCAUAUAUAUGUGAAACAGUGAAGUCUAACUGAGCAAUAAGAGUAACUAUUGAACAUGUAGUGAGGAAAGGUAGUACUGAACAUGAUAUCUGAAGCUCGCCUGCCCCGCCACCUGCACUCGGCUGGGAUAUUUGUUUUACUCUUUUCACCCCAACACGACCCACCAGCACCUGACGCCUCAACUUAUUAACAUCCACGGACACCUGCGGCAACUGUGGCCACGCACACGCACGAGAAAACACAAUUGAUAAGCGGAUUAGCAAAUAAACGUCAACAUAUGCUACUGCUGCCAGGGAUCAAACAACUGCUAUGCGCAAAUAAACGACAGAUAUUGUUAAUGAGUAAAUGAACGUCAGUAACUAAUAUUACGAAAGGAUAGCCUUCAACACUGUGAAUAUUAACGAGAACAAAAAUCUCGCUGAACAAAGUUUGUUCACCCUAAGGAAAUAAUUUGAAUCCUGAAAUAUUACAACUUGACAAUAAAACCAUGAACCGGGACACGUGUUGCGGUCAUGAACCUGUGACAGACAAUCCUCAACUCAUUACUACCUGAACAUAUACUCCUGCCCUUACCCCCCCCCCCGGGUCACCCCAUAGCACUCUGAAGCAUUUUCCCGCACUUUGAAAUGGAUCUGAAAGUGGCGUAUGUGUAGACAAAAGAAAAAAAAGAUGAUUGCUAUCAAUAGCGUGUGUCAGUUCUAUGAUGAGCAACUUGUACAUCUGUGUCUCUGGCAGACCAGUUACUGCUUACCAAUUCAGGUAAGGCCCCGCUUGUGACGUUGACAAGUGAUCUGAGGAGUAUAUGUUGUUCUUGUGAUCAGCUGAUUCUUUAUCAUUGUCAGUGAAUGGAGCCACAGAAAACACUGCUCUUAGUGACGUGUGACCAAGUGCUGGGAGAAUCUAUUGUUAACCUCGUAGAGAUGAACAGUGCUGAAGGACCUUUAUCAUAAUAUAAUAAAAACUAAUAAUUAAUUAAUAAUAUAGGGAGAACUCUAUUAUCUGUCUAAGGAACUAUUAUCAAGUGCCUGAGAACUGCAUAGUGUGGUAUUUGAGUAUCAUACUUCCUACAGUGGAAGACUUGGUGAUUUGAACGAAAUCAUAAAUAGUGAUCUUAGAAACCUGCGCAACUGAUAUAGUUGAUUGUGUAUAUUAAUAUUCUCUAUACAGAAAAUGAUCGACAAAGAAGGUAUAGAUAUGGAAGAAAUAUUGCCACGAACUAGUCCAAAUGACAAGUUGUGCACUGAUAAUAAUAAUAAUCGAGGCCAACGACGACCUACUAGAAUAGCAGAGAAAUAUGGGCUACGGCCCCGGACCCUCGUCAGGAGACUUCAGCUGGAAAGAAGAAGAGAUGAUCUACCCCAGUCGAAAACACCAAAGAACAGACCUCCGCCGCUGUCUAAGUACAGGAGAAAGACAGCCAAUGCCAGGGAGCGACAUCGUAUGAAAGAAAUCAACGAUGCUUUCGAAACCCUUCGUCGUGUUCUGCCGGAUUUCUGUAGUCGUCGAGCGGCGGCGGCCAUGACAAAAAUCACUACACUUAAGCUCGCUGUCAAUUAUAUCAGGGCUCUCUCUCACAUCUUGGAAGAUGGACAUUCCGGGGAUAUUAAUUUCUUCGACGGCCUACAAUUUGAUGAGAUUUCUGUGGGCAGCCCACUGGCGCCACUAUCCUCUCAUACCCUCAGUUCGCACUACACAGCUCACUUAAGCCACACACAAACUUUCCCCUCCAACUCUCGUCCGUCUUCCACCGCCUCCCCAGUCCUAGUCCGGGGCUCUCUGGGAAGCACGAGUGACCUCAGUGACCUCCUGUCUGACGACUCCUGCGUCUUAGAGGACGCCUUCGAUGACAUUCCUGCUCUGCCAGAAGCUGACCCCUUCGCCCUCCUCCUAGUGCCAGAUGGAGAGGCUCUGGCGCUGGGAUCAUAGUUAUUAACAGUCAAGUUUUAAGGGCUUAUCGAUUAUGAAUGUAGAUAACUCAGAUUCUGAGAAUCUGGGCUUCGAGUAGUUAGAUUAUGAGAACCAAUAAUGUAAACAUUUAGGCUCUGAAGGUAAAAUUAAAUUCUAGAACAUUAAACACCGACAAUUUAGAGACUGAAGAUAUUGGUUGUGAGAUUUAUUCAUACUUCAGAGUUUAUAGUACAAGUGGGUGUGAAAAAUGCCUCGUCUGCUUAUUGUGCUUAGCAGUAAGAGCCAUAAUUAUGACAGAAUUUUUCCAAUAUUUGCAAAGUAUUAGUUCCUCAUGUAAAUAUACACACACUAAUAGACUGUAUUAGAUAAGGGUGAGUUUUAUGUCCUGGGUUAACCUUAUUUAAAUCUAAAUAUUUUGACCCAUUUUUUCUGAGUUAGAACAUCUGAAGAUGUAAGGAAGGUUUGAGACAAGAGUUCCAGUGCGGUACUCUUCUGUCUUCAUUAUGUAAACAGUUAACGUCGUGUGUCUAAAGCUAUAUUAUCCGGUUUCUGCUUGUUCCACUGUUUGUGUUCCACUGUUUGUGUUCCACUGUUAGUGUUCCACUGUUUGUGUUCCACUGUUUGUGUUCCACUGUUUGCCUCAUCUCCUAAGUUUUUCGGUUCGCUCUGUGACUCUUCAGGGUCCAACUCUUCCUCAUGAAUAUAUCUAGAUUUUCUCUUUUUAAGUUUUGUUUUAUCAUAUCUUAUCUUCUCUUUCCCACGUUUUAUCUUCAUACUUCUCUCUAUAUUCACCUGCCUUUUUAUUUAUCAUUCAUACUUUCUGUCGCUUCCACCUGAUCUCUAAUUACACACAC